AUGCUAGCGUCGAUUCGUCUAAAAUACUGGCCUAUAGGAGGACGUAGUAUUGCACGAGAUGUUUUUAGAAUAUGUGUAAUAUGCUUUCGUUUAAAGCCAGUUGUAGUUCAGCCCAUUAUGGGCGAUUUACCAACAGACCGCGUAGAACCAGUCCCUCGCGCGUUCUAUAAGUGUGGUGUAGAUCUUGCAGGUCCUAUAAUGAUUCGUACUAGUUUAUUGCGAAGAUCUCAACAUGUAAAAGGUUACAUAGUUAUUUUUGUGUGUUUUGUCACAAGGGCAGUUCACAUAGAGCUUGUCAGCAAUUUAAGUACAAAGGCAUUUCUUAAUGCAUUAAAUCGUUUUUUUGAUCGUCGAGGCAAAAGCCAUACUAUUUACUCAGAUAAUGCGACAAAUUUCGUUGGAGCUCAGCGUCAUUUGAAAGAAGUUUACGAUCUAUUUUAUUCAAAAGAGCACCAAGACGCCAUAAAUACGGAGUUGUCUAAGCAUGGCGUUCAAUGGCGCUUCAUACCAGCUCGCUCCCCUCAUUUUGGCGGGUUGUGGGAGCGUGCCGUUCGCUCGAUGAAAAAUUUAUUAUAUAAGGUAAUGGGUGAGUCAUAUUUAACUUAUGAGGAAUUAACAACAGUACUAACGCGCGCUGAGGCUUGUCUUAACUCACGACCUAUAACUCCUUUAUCCAACGAACCUUUUGAUUUAUCUUAUCUUUCUCCUGGUCAUUUUUUAAUUGGCGACUCCCUUAUGGCAGUACCAGAACCAGAGUCCAACACUAAGCAAUUAAAUCGGUUGGAUAGAUGGCAGCGCGUCACUCAAUUAUCGUUGAAUUUAUGGAAACGUCGGAGCAAAGAGUAUCUUGGGCAUUUGCAAGAGAGGGUAAAAUGGGCCAAAGAGAAAGGGCCUCGCUUAAAUGUUGGAACGGUUGUCUUGUUGCGUGACGACAACUUGCCCCCUCUGAAAUGGAGUAUUGGGCGUAUCGUGUCCGUUCGAGAAGGAAGGGAUGGAGUGGUGAGGUCGGCCUUUGUUCGAGCUGUUAAUGGAGAAUAUGAGCGAGCUGUCCGCCAAUUGUGCCUUUUACCGUUUGAGGGUAAUAACUCAUCUCCAGAAGUUUUCAUCCCAGUAGUUAGUCCAAAUUUGUAAAAAUAUGUUGUUAUUAUCUGUUUGUUGUCAAUUUAUUCUGAAAAUUUUUACUGUCGAUGAUUUAGUAAUAUUGUUUAAUUAAUUAAUUUUUUAUUAUUAUUAUUAUUUUUUUUUUUUUACACAAA